CUUAUAUUGUAUUGCAUUGUAUUGUGUUGUAUGUUGGUGGCACUCUGAUUAUUUGUUCGCACACAAUUAUAUAUUAUGAGACGAAGAAAGCGUUGAAAUGGUGUGCGUUGGAAUUGGUUGAGAGGUGUGUUUCUUUUUCCCUUCUCCCCUUUUCUCUUCUUCAUCGCCACCAACUUCAAUCAAACCCCCCCUUCUCCCAUCUCCUCUCUCUUCAAUGCCAAGGUCCUCCUCCUACUCCCCGCCUCCCCCACCUCCCCAAGGGAUGCUACCCCUCUUCCUAAACGACCUCGUUAACCACCAGGACUUCCUCGAGCUCACAUUGGAACUCGACAACGACUCCCUCAUGCUCCGCAGCAUUGCUCCUGCUCCUCCUCCUCCUCCCGACCCCCUCCCGGAUGACUCUCUCCUCUCCAUCACCGCUAGAAUCCGCAACAAAUUCCCCUGGCUCCGCUCUGCCUCCUCCCGCGCUUCUACCGCCUCGUCUCUCGACAGGGACGACACGGCGGCGGUACCCAUGUCUGCCCGUGACGCCCGCCGUCUCAAUGCCCAGCUGCAGCGCACUCGAUCUAGCGCCCAGGCUGCCCUUCGUGGCCUUAGGUUCAUCAGCAAUACCACUGGUGCCUCUGACGCCAACGAGCUCUGGCGCAGAGUCCACUCCAGAUUUCAUUCUCUGGCUCAAGCUGGACUCCUCGCCAGAGAUGAUUUUGCAGAAUGUAUCGGAAUGAUGGAUUCUAAGGAGUUUGCGGUUAGAAUCUUCGACGCAUUAGCGAGAAGAAAAGGAUUGAGGAUUUCCAAAAUCAACGUCGAGGAAUUACAUGAAUUUUGGUUGAAGAUUUCUGAUCAAAGCUUUGACGCUCGUCUUCAAAUCUUCUUCGACAUGGCCGACAGCAAUGAAGAUGGUAGAAUCACAAGACAUGAAGUGCAGGAGCUGAUUAUGCUAAGCGCUUCUGCUAACAAUCUUGCAAGACUCAAAGAACGAGCUGAGGAAUAUGCUUCGUUGAUCAUGGAAGAACUCGACCCAGAAAACCUCGGAUACAUCGAGCUAUGGCAGCUGGAGACUCUGCUUUUACAAAGAGACACAUAUAUGAAUUACAGCAGACCUUUAAGCAUAGCAACAAGUGUCGGAUGGAGCCAAAAUCUAAGCUCAUUUAACCCCAAAACCAUUAUUAAAUCAGCCACCACAACGCUCCAUUCUGUAGUCCUUCAAAAUUGGCAAAGAAUUUGGAUUCUGUUCCUCUGGGGUUCAACAAUGGCAGCUCUGUUCAUAUGGAAAUUCCUUCAAUACAAAAACAGAGCAGCUUUUAACAUAAUGGGGUAUUGUCUUCCAACAGCCAAAGGCGCUGCCGAGACACUGAAGUUCAAUAUGGCCUUAAUACUCCUCCCUGUCUGCCGUAACACUCUCACUUGGCUCCGAUCGACAGCAGCGAGAUCAGUCGUUCCGUUCGACGACAACAUCAAUUUUCAUAAGCUGAUUGCAUGUUUCAUAGCAGUCGGGAUCGUCGUCCACGGUGGGGUUCAUCUGGCGUGUGACUUUCCGAGAUUGGCGAGGUCGUCGCGGGAGGAAUUCGAAGUGAUAUCGAGUGAUUUUCAUAACAAGAAGCCGAGUUAUAAGGAGCUUUUGAUGAGUGUUGAAGGGGUAACAGGGAUUGUGAUGGUGGUUUUGAUGGGGAUUUCUUUUACACUUGCUACUCAUCGGUUCAGGAGGAAUGUUGUGAAAUUGCCUUGGUUGUUGAACAGAUUGGCUGGGUUUAAUGCGUUUUGGUACUCUCAUCAUCUUAUGGGAAUUGUAUACCUUUUGCUUCUUGUUCAUGGGACUUUCUUGUUUCUUGCUCAUAGCUGGACUCAAAAAACGACUUGGGUGUAUAUCGUUUUUCCUUUGCUGUUGUAUCUUGGGGAGAGGAGCCUCCGAGCCUGCAGAUCAGAGUACUACUCUGUUGAGAUAUUGAAGGUAUCAGUACUACCGGGGAAUGUGUUCAGCUUAGUGAUGUUGAAGCCUAGAGGGUUCAAAUACAGAAGUGGGCAAUACAUAUUCCUUCAAUGUCCUUCAAUUUCCCAGUUUGAAUGGNACCCAUUUUCUAUCACUUCAGCGCCAGGAGAUGAGUACCUGAGUGUGCAUAUCAGGACAGUGGGCGACUGGACCAGAGAACUCAAGCGUGUCUUCACUGACCAUGUUAACUCCAAACCUGUCCUUGCCAGAGCCAAAUUGGGCCACUUGGUCAACAUGGAAAGAAAAAGCCAGCCGAGGUUGCUGUUAGAUGGGCCGUAUGGAGCACCCGCGCAAGAUUACCAAAACUACGACGUGCUUCUCCUCGUUGGACUUGGAAUUGGAGCCACCCCUUUUGUUAGUAUCCUUAAGGAUCUUCUCAACAACUCGAGAACCAUUGAAGAACAGACGCCAACGGAAUCGACAACAGAAACAAGCAGAUCAGAAGACAGCUUCGGAUCGUUAAACACAACGCCAAGCGGAAAGAGGAAGUUACAGAGUAGGACGGGGACGGGGCAGGCGCAAGCUUACUUCUAUUGGGUGACAAGGGAGGCUGGCUCUUUGGAGUGGUUCAAAGGGGUGAUGGAUGAAGUAGCGGAGAUGGAUAGGAAGGGUCAAAUUGAACUCCACAACUACUUAACGAGUGUAUACGAAGAAAGCGAUGCAAGGAGCACAUUGAUCACAAUGGUUCAAGCAUUGAACCAUGCCAAACAUGGUGUCGACAUCCUCUCCGGCACUCGAGCGAGGACUCACUUCGCGAGGCCAGACUGGAAGGAGGUGUUCGGGCGAAUAGCGUCGAAGCACGCUUACAAGACGGUGGGAGUGUUCUAUUGCGGAAUGCCAAUGCUAGCCAAAGAGCUGAAGAGGCUAUCACUAGAAUUCACUCGCAAGACUGCAACAAGAUUCGAGUUUCAUAAGGAAUACUUCUAAAACUUAACUAAACCAAAUAAACAUAUAGUUAGAUGUAGAUUCAAUUACCAUAUAUUAUACGUCAUUUAUGUGCAUUUUUUUUUUUAACAAUAUAACGAUAUCAAAUAAGUGAAUGAAAAUAAUAUGCAAUUUUUAUGAGA